AUGGCGGGGUGGAAGCGGAAAUGCUUCAUCAGGCCCCGCCCCCGGCGCCGCGCUACUUCCGGAAAUGGCGAUGUGAUGGCGGAGCCGCAAAGCUCAGGGCCCGUGAGCGGGAACAGCGCGGACUCCCUCGGGCUCGGGGAUAAACCCGGCAACAAAUGGGUGCGGCUGAACGUGGGCGGAACUUAUUUCAUCAGCACCAAACAGACCUUGUGCCGCGACCCCAAAUCCUUCCUGUGCCGCCUGUGCCAGGAGGACCCGGACCUAGACUCGGACAAGGAUGAAACUGGUGCCUAUCUCAUUGACAGAGACCCGAGUUACUUUGGCCCGAUCCUCAACUACCUUCGACAUGGCAAACUAAUCAUUAACAAGGAUUUGGCAGAAGAGGGGGUGCUGGAGGAGGCAGAGUUCUAUAACAUUGCCUUACUUGUCCGAUUGGUCAAAGAACGUAUUCGGGAUUUGGAGAAUAGGACCUCACAGGGUCCAGUGAAACAUGUUUACCGCGUCCUACAGUGUCAGGAGGAGGAACUCACACAGAUGGUUUCUACGAUGUCGGACGGAUGGAAAUUUGAGCAGCUCAUUAGUAUUGGAUCCUCCUACAACUAUGGCAGUGAAGAUCAGGCUGAAUUUCUCUGCGUUGUCUCCAGGGAACUGAAUAACUCAACUAAUGGAAUUGUCAUCGAACCUAGUGAAAAAGCCAAGAUUCUGCAAGAGCGAGGCUCGAGGAUGUGACGCUGUUGAUCAGAAUUGCUGUUUACAUUCCUUGUGAAGAGGAAUCCUCCGUCUGUUGAGGGCACCAACCCUUUGCCAUCCUUUGACACUGGCCUCGACACUUUCAGCUCACAUGGGCCUCCCAAGGUUUGAGGGCUCGUUUUACUGAGAAAUCAACCUCUCUGCCUUUCACCUGAAGCCUAUGAGAGGCCCACAGCACUUGUCUCAAAAAUUAAUUGUUAAGGCUGCCAAAUCUCCCUGUGGUAUUGUUUGUUGUGUAAUAUGUAUAUAUUCAGCCAAUGCAUUUAAUUGCCUUUAACAGACCUGUGAUAUUGCUUGUUCCUUGAUGACUAGGAAGCAGAGCCCCAUUAAUUUCAGUGUGUAUGCUCAGUGAAAGUUCUUUUGUGUUCUUCCUGUGGAGCAUUGUGUGCAUGGAUUCCACUCAAUGAAUAUAGGGCUGGUUUCUUGGGAGGGCUGGGAUACAGUAUUGUAAUUAUUGCAUAAGCACUGAAUGAAGUGAUUCAGUAAUUCAUGUUAAGGUCAUAUUUUUCCUCCUGCAUUGGAUGACUACUUUUCUGAAAAUGUGAUAAUUAAACCACUCAGUAUUGUCAUUAGGCAUUCACUGGAGUGUGAUGCUGUUCUGUUUCUAUUCAUUUCAAACUGCAAGGUGCCAACAUAUUAGUGGUGUUGUUCCAAAUCUGAGUUUGCUAGAGACAAGACCAUCUUUAACAGUAAGUUUGGAGAAUAAUAACCUCCAAGAGGACCACAACCUCAUCAUAGGGUUUGGUGCCUCAGUGACCUGGAGAGCUAUGCUGGCUGGGUCAGGGCUUUAUGCUUUGGCUGUUGGUAGGAUUACCCAUGCGAAACAGGUCAAAGGGUAGAAGACAGACUAACAGUGGCCAACCAGUCCUCCAGGUUUGGGGGUUCAGCUCAGGGCUAACAAUCCUGACUGUCAAAAAACAAUUGUUAUGGAGACAGCAAUGAAGAAUCCUUCCAUACAGACAGAGAUGGAGGACCUUCAUUGCUGCCCUGAGUGCCAGUAAGUACGUAAGAGAUAUGAAUGGAGGACUUCUUCAGGACUAACUACUUGGUCAGUUCGGUUCUUCAUCCACUUUCCUGCCCCGUCUUUUGGAUACCAUCUGCCUUGAAUAUAUUCAACUGCUGAGGAUCUAGUGGUACAGUAACAAUUGUUGCUGUAAUCUGAUUUUAACACAAGGUAACUCAAUGGCUAACUACGUAUUAAUCACAGUGUAUGCACAGCCCUGAGGAAUGUAAACAUCUAUCACUAGAACACAGGGAUAUUGUACAUGGGAGACAUACACAGACCUCACUCAAACACCAAGCAAUUCUUUCUUACCAAACUUUCUCCCAGUAAAUGUUGGGCAGAUUAAGGUUGUGUUUUGUUGCUGAAACGGACUUCAUUUCCUUGGCACCAACAAUACGCUCCCAUUUUUCUCGGUGACAUCUCAAACUCUGCCAUCUGUUCACAAUCGUCGCAUAAUAUCAAAGCACAUAACCACAAAUUUGGGCCAUCAGCAAGACAGAUUACUUUUUAAUUCAGUCCUGCCUCAACACAAUUGUCACUGAAAUCAUCCAAAGCUAGAUUACCUCCAGACUUCAUAACUACUAAACAAAAACAACUUUCUUAUUCUUCUAUUCUUAAGCUUCACAUCCAAAUAUCUGUUGCUCCAUCCAUCACCUUGGGAAACACAAUGGAUCUGUAGAGCUGUGCUUCACAACUCAGAGGAGGCCUGAAUUCAAUCCUAGCCUACAGUACUUGGUGUGGAGUCUGCACUUUCUCCCUGUCGCCAUGUGGGUUUCCUUCAGCCCUCUUGUGUCCAAAACACAUGCGACUGUUAAUUAGCCCUUAUGUAAGUGGCUGGUAAGGAAAACAGUGGCAAACACGAGAAAGAAUAAAUUACAAAGAAAUAAAUGAAGCAAUGUGAUUGAUGAGAUUGCCCUAAGAGCCAGCAUAGGUGAAAUGCCUCCACUUAUAUCAAGAUAAUAUGAUCCCACUGAUUUACCAAUUAAACCAUAGCUACAUUAAAAGAUUCUUUCAACAUUUUUAUAUCUUCUCAUGACCUGACUCCUUCCAGAUUAUGUAUCUGAGAUAUCUGCUCCUCUACACUUCUUAAUUGUCCCUGGUUAUAAUUCCUUCUCCAAUGGUUGUGCCUUCAUUUGCAAAAUUCCUUUUAAUAACUAACUCAAAUCUGGGAACUGGUGUCAAAAUUGGGUACUAUACAACUAGAAAGUCAAGUGACAAACUGGAUCACAUCUUUCAGCCACCCACAAGAUGGAUAUGAUAGAGAAGUAAGUCUCGUUACACUAAAACGAGCCCACCAGAGAUGGUGGCACAAUCAUUUUCAGUCAGGAAGUAUCUCUGACAUUGGGUCUGGACAUUUGAGCCUCAUUACAGCAGCUUAGACAAAAGGAAACCCGAGGAUUGCCUCAGGUGAUGAAUCCGUGCACGUCCACAUUGACCAUGACUUGGAAGAACCUUGGGGGGGGGGGUGCACAACACACUGGUUGGGAAAUUCAGUGUCCAUCACAAAGACUGGCAUCACCAAACUGAUUUAGCUGUGAAAGGCAUUGGUCAGCAGGGCAGGCAUGCAUCCCUAACGCUGUUGGUAGAACGGUCAGAUCAGAACUUCUACAUCCAGUGACAGGAAAUUAACUAAUUAAUGGGAGAAGGAAUCAUUUUCACUACCCUCAUCAAUGGAUCACCCAGUACAAAUGGCAAAGACAAGCUGAAGAAUUUUCAACCAUCUUCCGCCAGAAUGACAUAGGAAGUAACAAAGGUUAAUUAUAUCAAAUCAUGGUUAUCAUUGCAUUGAUGAGUUCCGUGAUAUAUUGCUGAAUUUGGAUCCAUUAUUUUCUCUUUCCUAUGUUUAAGAAUAAGGG